AGAUACUGACUGCAAGUCAUCCUGACUAAGCGAACUAACAUCAGUGUUUAACGGUCGCAGGCGCUGUCGGCUACCCGGCGGUUGGCCAACGGUUACAGUAACGGUCGGUGAACUGUUGGUGAACGGUUGCUCGCUGUCACAUUUAGCACACUCACCGAUUAGCAACUUGUUAGCAACGCUAGCGACAAAAAACAAAAACAAAACAAACAAACAAAAAAAAAACCCCACCACAUGGAUCCUCAAAACAGCAACACGAAGACUGAGGCGAAGAGGUUGUUGAACCACGCUAAGACUCUCAGGCUCCACACCGGGAAUUUAGUGAACCGCAGCCGUCUGAAGAAGAAGUGUCCGGGCUCUCCCAGUGAAGAGCUUCAAGACUGCAUUCAAGCCACACUGAGCGACUGGUUUUCUGCAAUAAAACCACAAUCCGAGGACUUCCCAGAUACCUUGGACUGCUCCAUUCCUCAGGAAACGGAUGCUAUCACACCUGAAGAGAGGGAGGAGCUGAAGGUUUCAGUCAAGCUGUUCCUGUGUGAGUCGGUUCUGUCCUCUAUCAGAGAUGCAGUCGAGAUGGCCUGCCAGACUCUGGCAGUGUCCCAGCUCGACUCUGUUAUCAUAGCGCCACCUGAGCCCCUGCAGGGCGACAGCCAGACAUUGGCUCACCUUCAGCCAGCCUGGGAGGAGCUGGAGGCUCUGGUCAGGAGCCAGCGGAUUGCCGCCAUUGGUACCUCUGACCUGGACAAAGAUCUACUGGAACAGCUCUACAACUGGGCUCAGGUGAAGCCCAGCAGUAACCAGGUCAACCUGGCCUCCUGCUGUGUGAUGCCUCCUGACCUGACAGCCUUCGCUAAGGAGUUUGACAUCCAGCUGCUCACACACAACGAUCCCAAAGAGCUGAUGUCAGCAGCCACAUUCCAGGAGGCGGUGCAGGAGGGAACACAGGACCUCAACAUCGCUGACUGGAGGCUGGAGUGGGUCCUGCGCUACUCUAUUAUUGUCAAAAGCAGGGGCAUCAUCAAGGCUAAGGGUUACCUUGUCAGUGCGAGGAAGGCGAGCCCCUAGCACACUCCGCUAGUGAAGAGGACACAUGGAUGAAGCCAUUUUCUUCCUUUUUCAGUCUCACACACACACAGAUACACACAACAUGCAAAGUAACCGCUCUAAAUAAUGGACGCUGCCAAUCACCAUGAGUCUUGAAGUUAUUGUUUUUAUCUUACAGAUAAGGUUGCAUCUUGAUCAUCUAUGAUUUUGUCAGUGUAACAGAUGCAGGUAUUCAUUUCCAUCGUCUCAGUGAGAACAAAAAAUGAGAGAUGAACGUGCAAGAUCAACUCCAGUGUCAGUUUUGGAGAGAACAGACUGUGGAAGUGAGCUGUACAUUGACAGAUCAGCCGUCAAUCGACGCAGUAGAGGUUCCUAAACCCUUGUUCUAACUUGAAGUGCCUCUCAUCUCUUUGCUCCUAUCCUCAUUCCUGCUUCACCUCCACUGUGUCCGUGUGAAUCGAGCUUUAAGUAUGUCAGUCUGAAUUAAGUAUGUAAAGCAAAAGAAAAAGGUAGACAAUUAUUGGUUUUUUUUUUGUUGUUUUUUUGGUACAGAAUGAUUCCAAACAUUUUAAAAGUGUAAAUGGGGGAAAAAAUUGUAAUCAUGCAAUUAGAUUUUUCCUGCUGUACAUAACACCAUUUGCAUUCCUCAAUUGAGUAUAACGAUGCACUAAUUCAAAUUCAACCACAUGUGAGAUGUUUAUUUUAUGAUGCUGUUUGAAUUAGACUUUAACUGGUAAAGCAGAUGACUUAUGUGAGUAUUGCAUAACUUUAUUUUAUCAUGCAUUUUUUUCUAACCAUGCGCUGUUUGACAAUUCAUUGAAAUGUUUGCCCACCUUAUGCUCGUGAGAUUAGUUUGAGGGUUGAAAGUACAGCAUUUUGAGAUGUUUUGACAUGCAUAGCAGGCUUCGGUACUCUAUAUGCAUUGUUGUUGUAGCACUGGAAGCUCCAUGCCAAGGGGAAAAUGUGUUAAUUCUGAGGGAGAAGGUUGUAAUUUCAGAAUCUUGGCUGUUUGAGCAGAUAAUCUCACAAAGACAAGUUAUCUGUUGUACUGUAAACAUAUUUAAUGUUGUCAUAUAUCUGUAUAUCAUGAAUUGGCUUUAUUAAAAUUAUGAAACA